CGGGCUUCCCCUCGCCUGGCCGCGAGCGCACGGCGAGGGCUCAGGACGCGGAGGCGGUGCCCGGCGCAGGGGAGCGGGGAGUCCCCGAGGCGUCCUCCGCUCGGGGCCGGGAGCGUCGGGAGCGGCCAGCGCGUCGUCCCUGAGCCCCGGAGCCUCAGGCAGGAGGUUUGGGCUGAGCCCUCCCCGCCGCCCGCCCCUCCGGGCGCCCGCCCCCCGCCCCCGCCCCCGCCCGCGGCCUGGAGCGCGCCUCUCUCGGCGCCCGGGGUCUGGAGAGCCGGCGCCGGCCGAGCUGCGGGGGAGCCGCGGAUAGCACCAGCCGCAGCCGCCGCGGGAGCUGCUCCGGCCGCACCAUGCGAGAACUGGCCAUCGAGAUCGGGGUCCGAGCCCUGCUUUUCGGGGUCUUCGUUUUUACGGAGUUCUUGGAUCCAUUCCAGAGAGUCAUCCAGCCAGAGGAGAUCUGGCUCUAUAAAAAUCCUUUGGUGCAGUCAGACAACAUACCUACCCGCCUCAUGUUUGCAAUUUCUUUCCUCACACCUCUGGCUGUUAUUUGUGUGGUGAAAAUUAUCCGGCGAACAGACAAGACUGAAAUUAAGGAAGCCUUCCUAGCCGUGUCCUUGGCUCUUGCUUUGAAUGGAGUCUGCACAAACACUAUUAAAUUAAUAGUGGGAAGACCUCGCCCCGAUUUCUUUUACCGCUGCUUUCCAGAUGGAGUGAUGAACUCGGAAAUGCACUGCACAGGUGACCCCGACCUGGUGUCCGAGGGCCGCAAAAGCUUCCCCAGCAUCCAUUCCUCCUUUGCCUUCUCGGGACUUGGCUUCACGACGUUUUACUUGGCGGGCAAGCUGCACUGUUUCACCGAGAGUGGGCGGGGCAAGAGCUGGCGGCUCUGUGCCGCCAUCCUGCCCCUGUACUGUGCCAUGAUGAUCGCCCUGUCCCGCAUGUGCGACUACAAACAUCACUGGCAAGAUUCAUUUGUUGGUGGAGUCAUUGGCCUCAUUUUUGCCUACAUUUGCUACAGACAGCACUACCCGCCUCUGGCCAACACAGCUUGUCACAAACCCUACGUCAGUCUACGAGUCCCGCCGUCGCUGAAGAAAGAUGAGAGGCCCACGGCCGACAGCGCACCCAGCCUGCCCCCUGAGGGGAUCACCGAGGGCCCCGUAUGACUGGGACCUCGGAGGACGGUCGCUGAGCCCAGGCCACGCUCUACCACCUAUCGUAACACAGUAGACGAGGUUUUCUGUAGUGUGUUCCUCAUCAGUUGUUUAUCCAAGUUGUCCUUCUGCUUCCAUUUUGCCGACGGUGUUCCUGCUACUUUUAAAUGUCUGCUUUCAGCUCUCCUGAAUUUGCGAGGGAAGGACCCAGGAACGUUCUCUGAGAGACCUCUGGGUUUGGAAGGAGGCUGCAAGGGUGGGCGGGCACAGCUUGGUCGAUUCCUCCAUCUGAAAUGUUUUCUAUCGCAGGCGCCGUCCUAUGAUUUCAUGGUUGUAAAGCAUAAUAAAAUGUCGCACCUGGAAGACGUGG